UAUCUGGCACAAAGGUUGUCUACCAGUGUGUUAGUGUGACAUAUCCCUGGAGCUACACAAUGAUGCUGCUCAACAAGGUUCUUAAAGCCAGUGUGCGGACUGGGAUUCGGCUGCAGAGUUCCAGUGCUUCUGCGGCCAGUGCUACAGCUUCUCACAGCGCGUCAUCCUCUGGCUUCUCCUUUGAGCUGACAGAUCAGCAGAAGGAGUUCCAACAGCUGGCGAGAAGGUUUGCUCGUGAAGAGAUCCUCCCUGCUGCACCUGUUUAUGACAAGAGUGGAGAAUAUCCUUUCCCCGUCAUCAAGAAAGCAUGGGAGCUUGGUCUGAUGAACAGUCACAUUCCACAGGAAUAUGGUGGAAUGGGCUUGUCGAUCUUUGACAGCUGCCUCAUCACAGAAGAGUUGGCUUAUGGCUGCACAGGAGUACAGACCGCUAUCGAAGCAAACUCUCUGGGACAAAUGCCUGUCAUUAUUGCUGGUAAUGAGGCUCAGAAGAGUAAAUACCUUGGAAGGAUGAGCGAGGAGCCGCUUAUGUGUGCGUACUGUGUGACGGAGCCUGGGGCGGGCUCUGAUGUGGCCGGCCUCAAGACUCGAGCUGAGAAGGUCGGGGAUGAGUAUGUUGUUAAUGGGCAGAAGAUGUGGAUCACCAAUGGUGGGAAAGCUAACUGGUACUUCCUCCUGGCCCGCACUAACCCAGAUCCUAAAUGUCCAACCAGCAAGGCUUUUACUGGCUUCAUUGUGGAUGCUGACACUCCAGGAAUUCAAGUAGGAAGGAAGGAGAUGAACAUGGGCCAGAGGUGCUCUGACACCAGAGGCAUCACCUUUGAGGAUGUGAGGAUACCAAAAGAGAACGUCCUGAUCACAGAGGGGGCUGGCUUCAAAAUUGCCAUGGGUGCCUUUGACAACACCAGACCACCAGUGGCAGCAGGAGCAACAGGCCUGGCACAGAGGGCCCUUGAUGAAGCUACUAAUUAUGCACUCGAGAGGAAAACCUUUGGCAAAGUUAUUGCUGAGCACCAGGCCGUGUCCUUCCUCCUGGCUGAGAUGGCGAUGAAGGUGGAGCUGGCCAGGAUGGCCUACCAGCGGUCCGCCUGGGAAGUGGACCAAGGCCGCAGAAACACCUACUAUGCCUCCAUUGCCAAGGCCUUCGCUGGAGACAUCGCCAAUCAGGUGGCAUCUGACGCUGUUCAGAUAUUUGGCGGCAACGGCUUCAACAGCGAAUACCCAGUGGAAAAACUGAUGAGAGACGCCAAGAUCUACCAGAUCUAUGAGGGCACAGCUCAAAUCCAACGACUCAUUAUUGCCAGAGAACACCUGGGAAGAUCCAAGAAAUGAACUCUACACACCUGAUAUGUCAUUCAGUUGUACUUCAUUGCACUGGCGGACUCAGGAUGUUUGAGGGGCAGGGGUGCAAAAUAAUAAAAGAGGUACCUGCUGUAUGCAGUGGGGCAUAUUAUCACGUUUUGUCCACUAAAGGGGGAACGUGGAGGGCACUUAAUUAUGUUUUAUCUAGUGCAGGGGCAUCCAAGAGGCGCUUUUGAGUUUUUUUAACCUGAAUAUGAGGGCACCAGGGCAAUUGCCCCCCUUGUCCUCAAUCCCUCUGAGUCCACUAGUGCUUUAUUUUAACUUCUUUUUUUUUAAGCCUUGUUUUAAUCACACUGAUCCAGACUCUCAACUGGUAGACAGCAGUCCACCUUUCUAAUCAGAACAUCAAAACUUGUCAAUAAAACCUGUCCCAUUUAUUUUUAUAAGUGUUUUCCAAAUGCAGCAGUGUGGUGGCCUUAUUCUGUGACUAAAUGAGCUGAGAACAACUACAUUCAUGACCAUGUGUGGUCAGACUCCAGUCUGUAGAUUGUAAAUCUUUGCAGCCAGGCACAAACAUUAACUGAAAAGUUGUCUAUCUCAUGUAACAUUGGUGUCGGUUUUUGAGCUCGGGAUGACAAAGCUGAACAUAUUUGACUUAAUAAGUUGACAAGAAUAGCUCAGUCACACACCGUCCUAUAUAUUUAAUUUAGUGAGGCUAGUUUGUCUCAUUCUGGGGAGAAGGAGCAGGUUCAGACUGACCCUAUGCCUUACACUGUGUUUGUGUGUGUUGCAACUCUUUUAAUACAGUCUUGAUUUAUUCUUGAUUUUGAACUUGAUUUUAUUCUCUAUGCGGUUCCAGUAAAAGCAUGUAAAAUCAAACAUGAUGAGGAUUGUUUUUCUCAAAAUUGUCUGAAAUGUCACACGACAUACUUGGUGUUUUGUUAUCCCUGCUGACCUGCACCCAUUAAUAAAAUACCCAUAAACUUCAGACUUUGUGGAUGCAACUUUAAUUUUCACACAAUAGGACCAAGUAAAUUUUGAUUAUGUAUAAAUCCAUCAUUCACCAGAAUAUGUUAUAAACAAAGGAAUGUGUCUAAUAGUUUGUUUAAUAACUGUACAGAUGCAUGUCUGAAAAUAAUUUUCUGAUUUAGAAAUUGGCUCUUUAUUUCUACCUCACUACUCGGUAUCCAACUGAGAAGCAUCAGCUUUUCACAUGAUCAUUGAGAACCUCUGUAGAAAAUAUGGAUGGAUGUAAUAUGAAUGUACAGCAGGUGGUGGUUCUGUUGUUGCUGUAAAGCGCAUUACUUUUUCCCAACACACAUGACAUAAUGGCCUGAAGUCUGUAAAUUCUCAGUUUAAUAAAUUAUUCAGUCUACAACUGAUUGUGGUUUUAUAUUGUUUUUGUGUGUGGACAUUAAUACAAUUUUAAAGGUG